AAUGGCACUCUAAUAAACAUUUAAACACAAAGUGAGGUUCAGGGCAAAUAAAAUUUCUAAAUUAUUUAAUCAAAAAUGUCGUUUAACACCGAUCUACGGCAAUUAUUAAAGCCGUAUUAUUGGAUUAAUAUAAUAUUAAGUAUUUCGUACAUAGUAUGUAAGAGAACAUCUGUUAUUUGCAAUUUUCUGUUCGAGAACUCUGAUUGCGAGCUCGACAGUAGAGAAACGGAAAUUCUAUUUUUCCUAAUUAUAGUGGUUAUGUUGAGAACAAGGAAGGCGGGAAGUGUGACGAUGGUAAAUUAUCUCUCGUCCUCCUUCGUUUAUACAAAGAUCGCGAAUUUGAUACUUUGGUUAUACGCCGAUAUCAGAUAUGGCCUCCCAUACGCGGCAAUACUCAUUCUGUGUGCCCUGCUCCUCCCCGAGCCCACGUACAUGGGGCCAGAACAUGUGGUGUACUUCCGCGGCCCUCAGAGCCUGGACGAGGAGCUGAAGCACCACAAGACCACCACCUGGAUUGUAUGUCUGUAUGCUGCGUGGCACCCGGCCUGCGUCACCUUCGCUCCUGUGUUUGCGGAGCUCUCGGCCAGUUACCAUUUGGAUAAUUUGAAGUUUGGCAAGCUGGAUGUUGGCAGAUAUUCAGAUGCAGCAGAGAUCUACAGGAUCCAGGACGGGCCCACCAGUCGCCAGCUGCCGACGUUGCUGCUCUUCUCUGAGGGCAAGGAGAAGAUGAGGAGGCCACAAGCAGACCACACCGGCAAGCUCCAGAAAUUUUUAUUUUCCAAAGACAAUAUAAAAGCUGCAUUAGACCUCGACGGUCUGUACCAAACAUGCAAGGAGAAGCUCGCCGCCGCCAAAAACGCCAAGAAGACCGAGUAGACCGUCAGUAUUCCGAGAAGACCGGAGUGUUCUAAGUUAUUUAAGGGCACAGUGAUGAGUUUUAUACAUUUAAAUCAUUAAUAAAGCCAGUAGACCGAGUAGACCGUAUGAAAUUUUUGCAAACAAAAAAUAUUUCAGCUUUCAUAAUCUUGUCAGAUUUAAUUAUAAUAGUAAUUUGCUGGUAGUAAGAUAUAAACCCGGAUAGCGACCACCGUACACAAGGUAUUGAAACCCGCCAUAAUUUGCCACGUAUUUUGUCGAGCUCCAGGAUCAACCUAUGUGUAUCCGGUUUCGACAGGCCGGCAUAAUUGUGUCGACUGCCGAGAGGUAAUCACCUCUCGUCUGUUGCAACUGUCGAAAUUCUAUUGAACCCCAAUCCACUUACCACCACGUGCACUAGGGUCACUUUGCCGUGCACAUACCUAUUAUAUAAAAGUAAAUUAAGUCUUAACAUACUUAAGGAAUUAGUGUAGCUACAAUUAAUAUGACAUUCUUUCAUAAUAAGUAGUACAUUCACUUUAUACAAAUAACUAUCCUUGAAUAGAGAUGCAGCUGAUGCUAAUCUUUAAAUGUCCUGAUUUUUGUCACAUGUUGCAUUUUCAAACACUAGAGUGACAAAUCACUGGCUCACUACAAGGUUCGACUUUAUAUUUUAUGUACAAAUGGAAUUAAAUAUCACAUAAUUCUGUCUUUUCCAGUGACGCUUCCAAUAAUACCCAAAGAUAAAGAUGUAACCAUGAAUUUUGAUGUUCUAAUAUUUAUGAUUUUUUUUACAAGAUUUGUCAUAAUUAACAUAGUACGUUCUAUAACUUGUUAUAUGGGAAUAUGUACUCUAACUUGAUAAAUUAAACUCCAGGGAUCGUACUGAGUAGGUUUUGUAUUUCAAAGUUCCAGUGUACUUAGAUGGUAAUAGUAACAAAUUAGUAGGCAUUCUGAAUUAACAAAGGCGCACGUCGCUUUUAUAUCAGAGGCGUGGUGUACUGUGUGACACAGCGUUCCCGCACAACUACGUGCACUUACAUAGUUGUAGAAGUGUGUGAGUCCCUACAGACAUUGUUAUAGUGAGCCAGUGAAUUGUAGGGGAAGGAACUCAAUUAAUUCUAGACAGAUUUUGAAGAUUACAAACAGUUCAUCAUUAAACAUCCUAAUCAUAAGUAUAUUUAUAUUAUCCUUGUAAAAUGAGAAGCUGACGCACAUAUGAUAUAAAUAGAAUUUCUAACCUUUCAUAGAUAGUUCCUAUGGUCUUUGAACUGUUUUAUUAUUUAUAGACGUAAGGUCAGUCGGGGGAAGUGCGCCAUAAAAUUUUCAUAGCUGGAUUCAAUGUAAAAUAAUUUCUUUUUGUGCUGACUUAAGUAUGUAAUUUUAUUAAUUUAAGAAUAUUUGGUAUUUUGUGAUAACAACCUAUAGCCAUUCA